AUGUCUCUCUUACAAAAUCUGGCUUAUAAAGAAUAUAAACAUUCUUUAAGCUUGAGCCAUGAACAAUGUGAAGUUAUAGCAAAGUUAGCAGAUCUAAAAAUAACUUUUAGUGAAACUAAAUGCCCAGGAGAAUUGUUAAUGAAGCUUCUAGAUAGAAAAGGAUACUCAGUACCACAGUACAAACAAUUUUUAACUACCGCUUUGCACACGAAAACUGUUUUAACAUACUAUCAGCCGCAAUCAAAAGUUGCCAUAUUAAUUGCUAAUGACAAUUAUGAACACUUAUCCAAAUUAGCCACUCCAUCUAAAGAUUGUGAGUCCCUGGGAUCGAGUUUAAGGAAUCUGGGAUUUAUUACUGUCUCCAUAAGAAAUACUACAAGUGUUGAACUCAAAGCAAUUAUAGCUACGGUAAUUGGUUUAAUUCCGGAAAAUUCAUAUUGUCUUAUCUUCUAUGCAGGGCAUGGCUGUGAACUAUGUAAUACAAAAUGUUUACUAGGCAUUGAUUGUCCAUCUGAAGAUAUAUCUCUUACACAUUGUGUUACUGAGAAUUGGUUAUUACAAGAGGUAUAUAAAUGUAGAGCUGAGUUGUGCAUUCUCCUAAUGGAUAUGUGCAGAUUGUGUUUGGAUAGAAAUUCUAAUCCAGAUAUCUUCAAUAACUUAUGCAAUAUAGAAGAAUACUCAAUUCAUAGUAACCUACUAAUUGGGUACUCUACACAGUCAUCUAAGGCUGCUUAUGAGGUAUUACAAAUUGAAUGUUCUACGACCAUUGAUAAUGAGGUUACAUAUGAACUGAAAACUGGUGAUAUGGAUAAAAUAGUACCAGCGGCCAGUCAAUAUGUAAACGCACUUUGUUCCAGAUUGACAGAAAACUUUGAUGUUAAUACACUGUUAGACAAAGUGCAUGGAGAUUUAGAAUGCUGCAUGAAAAAGCAAAGACCUAUAAAAGUUCAGUGUGGUGUUUCAAAAAGAUCUUUGUAUGAUCCCGUUAAAGAUUCAGAAGAUACAAUAGUCCUGUUAAGUAAAAUAAGAGUGGCUUGUGAAAAAUUUCAUAAUCAAUGUGAUGUGUUUUAA